CCUUGACUGAUCUGCUACUAAUAACGCGGCUAGCUGACUGAGCUAGAAGAGUCACGCAGUCUAACCAUGCGUAUCCAGACUUGUUUCCCACCUGCUCGCAACCACGACCCGCGCGAUGGCGACGACGAGGACACCCUUCGAGGCCCAGUGGACACCCGACGCCGCGACUUUUUUGUCGGACGAGCAGCACUUGCAGACAUCGAGCGCGAGCCUCGAGGAAGCAGAGGCCCUGGAGAAACCGCAAGAUGGACCCAAACGGGCCCAGCGUAUCUGGGCCAGUUUUGUACAGCAGGCCAAGGAAAUCGUGGACGAAAACGCGGGGAUGCUGCUCGUAGCUGCCUCUGAGGUUUUUUACACUGCAAUGAGCCUGGCGGUCAAAGAGCUGGGCAGUAUCGACCCUCCCAUGAGCACCAUGCAGCUCAUCUGGAUUUACAUGAUUGUCACUUGGCUGUGCUCAAUUUUCUACAUGUACAUUGCCAAAAUUCCGGAUCCGUUGCUCGGGCCUCAAGGUGUGCGGCUGCUGCUGGCUUUUCGCGGCCUUUGCGGGUUCAUCGCUUUCUUCGGCAUCUAUUACUCCGUUUUAUAUUUGACCCUCGCAGACGCGACAGUCCUGCAGUUCCUUGCGCCCAUCCUGACGACUUUCACAGGAUUUAUCUUCUUAGGGGAGAGGUUCUCUUGGAGACAGCUUGCAGCAGGAUUCUGUAGUCUGAUAGGCGUUAUCCUGAUCGCCCGCCCACAUUUUUUGUUCGGUAGUGUGUCUCAGACACCCCCUGCAAACUCGAACCUCGUGGGCGCAAACGCAAAUCCCGGGGAUGUCUCUCCGCUCUCACGAGUGACGGCAGCUCAGCGAUUGGGCGCUGUUGGCAUCGCGCUGCUUGGAGCACUUGGGUCGACAGGAGUCUAUACCACCAUCCGCGCUAUCGGCACCCGCGCGCACUCCCUGCACAACAUCAACUCUGUCUCACAGCAAUGCGUCAUCAUGUCGACCAUCGGGCAAGUUUUGUGCCAUGCGCAGAUGCUGGUUACGCAGACCAAGAUUGUCAUUCCCACAUCGCCUAUAUGGAUCGCUCUACUUCUCGUGCUAGGGUUUAGCAGCUUUUUUGCACAGGUUUUGAUGACGAUGGGCCUCCGAAGACAUUCCGUCGGCCGGACUACCAUGGCGGUGUACAUCGAGAUCGUCUACGCCAUCAUCUUUGACGAGAUAUUCUUCCACGACGCCCCAUCGCCGUUGUCGAUCUGUGGUACUCUCAUCAUCGUGCUUUCGGCCGUCUACGUCGCGCUUAACAAGGAGGACGCCGUAAAAGUCAAGGCAGAGUCGCCUGAUGAUCUGGCCUUACAGGAAGGCCUCCUCGCGCACAAAGAUGUUGACACAGAGGAAUCUCUCAAGACUCGCGAAGACGUUUAG